AUGUUUAGUGGUGGUCGGGCCUGCAUCUAUCUAUUUGAACCACCUAUCUAUCUAUCUAUCUAUCUAUCUAUUGCAAUGUAUUCAUAUCUAUCUAUCUAUCGCAAUAUAUUCAUAUCUAUCUAUCUAUCUAUCGCAAUAUAUUCAUAUCUAUCUAUCUAUCUAUCUAUCUAUUGCAAUUUUUUCAUUAUGUAUCUAUUGAAAUCUGUUCAUAUCUAUCUAUCUAUCUAUCUAUCGAUCGAUUGCAAUUUUUUCAUUAUGUAUCUAUUGAAAUCUGUUUAUAUCUAUCUAUCUAUCUAUCUAUCUAUCUAUCUAUCUAUCUCAAUUUGUUCAUUAUCUAUCUAUCUAUCUAUCUAUCUAUCUAUCUAUCUAUCUUUCGCAAUAUAUUUAUAUUUAUCUACCUAUAUAUCUAUCUAUUGCAAUUUUUUCAUUAUGUAUCUAUUGAAAUCUGUUUAUAUCUAUCUAUCUAUCUAUCUAUCUAUCUAUCUAUCUAUCUAUCUCAAUUUGUUCUUUAUCUAUCUCUCUCUCUCUAUCUAUCUAUCUAUCUAUCUAUCUAUUGCAAUGCUCAGCCAAAAUAUGCCCUUUGAAAAAAUACACACACACAUGCACACACAUACCUAUCUUUCUAUUUAUCUAUCUAUUGUAAUACGUUCAUAUUUACGUCUGUUCAUAUCUAUCUAUCUAUCCAUCUAUCUAUCUAUCUAUCUAUCUAUCUAUCUAUCUAUCUAUUGCAAUAUGUUCAUAUCCAUCUCUGUUCAUAUCUGUUUAUAA